ACUAUUAUGUUUAAAAUGGCGCUGUGUUCUAUCCAGAUUUGCAGUUUACUUCAAAACAGACUUCAGAGUAUUCCCUUGAUCACCUAUUGAAUGGGAUUUUAUGUAGAAUGUAACUAGUUUAUUUAUGCCACAGAAUCGUGGAAUUCUUCGUUUGUUUACAUUAUAAACCAUUGUUAAUUGGUCUUUAUAAAAUUUAUAAAAACUUUUAAAAAUGAAUAAAAUCAUUCAACGUAACGGAGAUAUUGAAAAGAGGAUACGUGAAUUCGAAAGGAUAUAUUUGCAAGGUCCUGCGGAUAGUGAUGGCACAGUUUUAAGUUUGGAAACACUUUUAGAUGCAUUUCUACUUUUAUACGAUGAGUGCGUAAACUCGUCAUUGAGACGGGAGAAGAUUGUAAAUGAUUUCGUAAAGUUUGCUCAACCUGUUGUUAACAAGGUGAGAGAUCUACGUAUCCGACGGACCGAUUUCGAAACGCUAAAAGUAAUAGGAAGAGGAGCUUUUGGAGAGGUUUCGGUCGUUAAGCAAAAGGAUACUGAAGAUGUCUACGCUAUGAAGAUAUUGAAUAAAUGGGAAAUGCAAAAGAGAGCAGAGACGGCUCGAUUUCAAGAAGAACGCGAUGUUCUUGUUCACGGAGAUCGAAGAUGGAUUACAAGACUUCAUUACGCUUUCCAAGAUGAUGAAAACCUGUAUUUACUAAUGGAUUACUAUUGCGGUGGUGAUCUAUUAACUCUUAUUCUAAAAUAUCCCGAAGAAAGAGUACCGGAAGAUGUAACGAGAUUUUAUAUAGCGGAAAUUGUGUUGGCUAUUAACUCUUUGCAUAAUCUAAGAUAUGUUCAUCGGGAUAUAAAGCCUGAUAAUGUUCUAAUUGAUAGAACCGGUCAUAUCGUCUUAGCUGACUUUGGCUCUUGCUUAAAAUUAAGAGAUGAUGGAACGGUUAAUUCUUCCGUAUCAGUUGGAACGCCGGAUUAUAUAUCUCCAGAGAUUUUAAUGGCGAUGGAAAAAGAUAAAGAGAAAGGAAGUUAUGGAAAAGAAUGCGAUUGGUGGUCACUGGGCGUAUGCAUGUAUGAAUUAUUAAUAGGUUAUGCCCCAUUUUAUGCGGAAUCACUUGUGGAAACCUAUGGAAAGAUAAUGAAUCAUGAGUCUCAUUUGAUAUUUCCCGACGAUGAGGUGGAAAUAUCAGAUGAGGCAAAGAAUCUUAUUAGGGGUCUAAUAGCCCCAGCUAAUAUCCGCUUCGGAAGUAGCGGAAUUAGUGAUUUUCAAAGUCAUCCUUUCUUCAAGGGCAUUGACUGGGAACGUAUAAGAGAUCAACCAGCACCCUAUAUACCAGAAGUUUCGGGUGAUGCUGAUACAUCAAAUUUUAGUUUCGACGAUAGUGAUUAUAAUCCGCCCCAGGAGUCAAGAAGACCUUCAGGGGAAAAUACGUUUACUGGUCACCAUUUACCUUUUAUUGGUUUUACUUAUUCUAAAAACUUAAUUUUUUCUGAUUUGGGAUGCUUAAAUUCAUUAUCAGAGGAGCCAACACAGGCGCCAACGACUCCUGAGAAAGAAUCAAUUACGCUUCAAGCUAAAGAUAAAAGAAUUCAGAAGCUUACUAUUGAAAAAAAUGAACUUGUAAAAAAGUUGGCUGACACGAGAAAUCUCUUGCAAAGACAGGCAUUCGGAGAAACUCAAGAUAUGUCAGAUGCUUCAAAUAUAUCAACUUUACAAUUAGAUUUACAAAGAGAAAGAGAGGAAAAAGAAAAGUUAAAAGAGAUAUACGAAAAUAUCAAGUUAGAACUAGAAGAUUCAAAAUUUGAAUUAAGUGAUUAUAAAGAAAUAAGCCAAAGGAAAGUUAAGGAUAUGGAGAUAAGUAAAAUUAAAGCAGAGAACCUACGAGCUGAUGCCGAAAACGACAGACGAAGUCUUGAAGAGAGACUAAAAGUUCAAGCAAAAGAAUUGAGAGAAGCUAAUAUGCAAAAAGACUUAUCCUUGAAUCAAUGGAAGAAAGUCACAGAGCAAGUGACCAGUUUAGAGGUUGAUAAUAAAAGAUUAUUGAAGCAAUAUGAAAUAAACUUGAAAGAAAUGGAAGAAGCUAUUAGCAAAUAUGAGGAAACGAAGAGCGAAUUAAGAGUACUUGAGAAAAACAGUAGACAGAUGCAAUAUGAUUUGAAAGAAGCUCUAAAAGAGGGAAGUAAUGCAAAGAGUGAUAAAGAAAGAUUAGAAAAGUUGUAUAGAGAUGUAAUAAAUGACUCCAGUGGUAGAAUUGUCUCCAAUAAUGGAACAUCAGAAAGUGAAAUAUCACGCAAAGAAAUAGACAGUCUUCUUAAGAAUCACGAAGAAGAGAUAUCCCGCAUGAAAUCUGAUCAUCAACAGGAAGUUAAGAUUCUCGAGGAUAAGAUCGAUGAGAUAAGCAAUUUACUUGUCGAAUUGACGAAUAACGGAGAAAAGUUGAAGCAGAGCCAUGCAGAGUUAAUGGGAAAGCAUGCGUUGGAAAUUGAUCGGAUUAGAAAGGAGGGUGAGGAGGUUAAGAUUAAACUGGAGAAGAGAUGCUGGGAAAGCGAACACAAAUUGAAUUUAGUCGAAAAUACCAUACAGAAAGCCGAAGAAGAAAAUAGGGUACUUAAGAGAGAUCUCGAACAAAAAGACGCUCAAAUAUCUCAUUGGGAAAGUCAGUUUAUUGAAUUAACUCAAUGGGUAUCGGAAGAGAAAGUAUCACGAGGUUACCUUCAAGCCGUGGCCUCAAAGGUUGCUGAAGAAUUAGAACAAAUAAAGGGAUCUGCAGGCCCACUUACAGAUCAUACGAACACUCUGAAAAAUAGACGAUCUCAAAGGGUUGAUAAAAGCUCACUUUUAGAAUGUCAAGCAAGUUUAAGAGCCGAAAUAAGGCAAAAGGAAGAAAUGUCGAAAGAACUACAAGAUACUCGCAAAGAAUUAUUGGAGCGCGAAAAGGAAUUAAAAGAUAAGAAGUCAGUUCUUCAAAAGAAAGAGGACGAAAUAACUAGCCUUAAAAAUAAGAUUCAAGCUCUCGAAGUUACCAGUUACGCAUUUCAAGUGCCGAGAGAUACAUCUGAAUCAUCAUUCUUCAGUUUUCGGGACUCUGUUUAUCAACAACGCGAGGAAUUCAAAGUAAAACUUGUCAAAAGUCAGUCUCGAAUUAGCGCAUCACAUCAAAGUUUCAGCGACACUAAUGAAACGUUUGAUAAGGAAAAUGAUAUAAAAUCGGGCGAUGUCUCAUCUCAAAGUGUUCACUCAUCUUCUUCAGAAUCUUUAUCUAAACAAUUAGUAAAGAAUGACUUCAAAGGUUCUCAUAAAUAUGAAGUCAAAACAUGGUAUCAUCCAGUGAAGUGUAGUCAUUGUACAUCAUUAAUGGUUGGAAGAAGGCGGCAAGGAUAUUAUUGUAGAGUAUGCUCGUUUACUUGUCAUAUAGAUUGUGAUAAGGUAGCAAAUAUUCCUUGUCCGGUUACACCUGACGAUCUGCAAAGACCAAAGGGUAUUGAUCCAGUUAAAGGGGUGGGUACUGCUUAUGAGGCUCUUUUACAAAUACCCAAACCGGAUGGCGGUGUUAAAAAAGGAUGGAUACGCUUAUAUGUAGUAGUAUGCGAUUAUAAAUUAUUUCUCUUUGAACUAAAUGCCAAUGGAGAUCCAACUAAUCUUUUAUUGAAUGUUAUUGAUAUGAGAGAUGAACUAUUUGCUGUACGUGAAGCUACUGAGAACGAUGCUAUACAUGCCGACAAAAAGUUAUUACCUCAAAUUUUCCUAGUAACAACCUCACUGUUACAAGCCACCUCUCAAAAUGCCGAACAUAAUAUACUCUUCUUAUGUGACUCACCAAAGCAACGGAAAUGCCUUGUUGGUGCUCUUUCCGAACUUCGAGAAAUUUUACAACAACAUAUCAGCAGUGAAUCAUCUAUCGUCUCCAAACUUAUAUAUGACUCGUCUGUUUCUGCUGUUCACAAGCUGCAUUGCGCCUGCAUAUUGAACGAAUCGAAACUGCUAUUGGGUAGCGAAGAAGGCGUUUAUCUUGCUGAUUUAUUAACAGAUGGUCUAGUUAGAUUAGGGGAAAAGAAAGUUAUAUAUCAAAUUGAAGUAUCCAAGGGCGCAAAAUCCGUUUUGAUUUUGGCGGGGAAACAGAGAUACGUUCGAACGGCUCCUCUCGACGCUGUUCUUAAAGCUAGCGAAGCAGAAUGGAAAACUGAAUGGAGGAAAUUAACCGAAACAAAAUUUUGUACAAGAUUCUCACUUCAUACUUUACCCACCGCUGUUUUACUAUUAGUUGCCAAAGCUAGAACAAUUCAAAUCCUUCAACUUACCCACGGAUCCUUAAGAAAGCGUGCGGACAUUACAUGCAUGGAUAAUAUAGUAUUUAUGGAAAUGCAAAAGAAUAAUAUAUUAAGUGUGGGCUGUUCAAAUUUAACGUUUAGCCUUUACGAUGUUCAAUUUGAUAAUCCUGCUGCAACGCCUUUAAUCAAUAAAGAAGAUGAGAACUUAAAGUAUCUUGUGGAUAUGAGAAUAUCUGAUAAAAGUAUGAGCGUAAUAACAAUUGUUGAUGUUAAGCAAGCUGCUAAACAGGAAUGGCUUCUCGUCUUCUCAGAUAUUGGUGUGUAUGUUGAUAAAAAUGGGUGCAAAUCAAGGUUUACUGAGUUAUUAUGGCCUUCGCCCAUUGAUAACGCGUCCAAGAGAGGACGACUAUUAAUCGCUUACUCCCGUCUAAAUGCAUAUGUUUACGACGUUGUUUCCGGUUCAUGGAUUCAAACUAUACCUUAUAAAAAAGCUAAACCAUUGUGUUCUGACGGUUCUUUGUGUUCUGUAACUAUUUCUGAUGCUCCGCAUUUAAUAUAUACUAGACCUAAAAAAGACGAGAAUGGUUCUGAUUUUCCUGACGAGUUAACGGAUUUCAAUAGUCGAAGACCUAAUUAUAGAAAUAGUAAAAGAAUGAUGAAGGGUCAAACGGAUGCUCAAAAACGCCUGUCACUGCCAUUAUUGUUUUCAUCAAGUGGAUCAGAUAUCCGAAUGAAAAAGAAUAGUAUUUCUGGUCCAGCUAACUUUCAACAUAUACAACAUGUAGGACAUUCUCAAUAUAAAGCAGCUGUUGAUGCAAGCAGCAAAGUGGAAUUACGAACUGGACGUAGAAUAUCUGGUCCUACUAAUUUUAAACAUUUAGAACAUUAUGGACCCUCUAUGUCUCAAAUGCCACCUUUAAUUGACAUUCCGCAGAAAGCUAACGAGAGUAGAGAAAAGGCAGCUAACGUUCCGAAGCGUGCAUUGUCCUCCACAUCUGCCGGUCAACUGAAUGAGUUGGUUAUGCAUGUUAAAACAGCAACUAGUGGAAUUAAGCGCCAAACGUCUGGGCACAGUGUGAAAAGCAUGCCUCCUUUGCAAAUACACCGUCCCGCUGAGCAGGAUCCAGAUGAAGAUAUCAGCGAUGAAAUUAUACAGCAAGUCAUGUCAAGACCGCCUCCAGAAGGUGGCAUUCCGGAAGAAGAUUGUUCAAGUUGUUAA